AUGGAAAGCGUAGACUGGGAAAGCCUCAACAGAAGAGCCUGGGACGAGCGUGCUCCUCUUCACGCGGCCUCCCCCGACUACCACGUGGCCAAGUUUCUCGCCGACGCGACCUACAUCUCCCCCGUCGUCGCCUUUGACGCGCCUCUCCUCGGGCCGCUCACCAACCUGCGCUGCGCCCACCUACAGUGCCACAUUGGCACCGACACGCUGAGCCUCGCGCGGCGCGGCGCGGCCUCGGUCACCGGUCUCGACUUCUCAGGCGCCUCGCUCGCCGAGGCAAACAAGCUCGCCGCGGCGACCGCGUCCUCGGGCGGCGCGCGGCUGCGCUUCGUCCACGCGUCCGUGUACGACGCGCUCGACGUGCUUGGCGGCAGCGGCGGGUUCGACCUCGUCUUCACCGGCAUCGGCGCGCUCUGCUGGAUCCCGGACUGCCGGCGGUGGGCGGCCGUCGUGGCCGGGCUGCUGCGGCCGGGAGGCGGCCGGCUGUUUAUGCGCGAGGGCCAUCCGAGCCUGUGGGCGCUCGACGACGCCGAGCGGGAGCGGCUGGUGGUGCGGUACCCGUAUUUUGAGCGCGGCGCGGACCGCCCGCUGCUGUGGGACGACGGCGGCGCGACGUAUGUGCGGCACGAGCCGCACCAGUUUGAGAAUACCACGACGGCCGAGUUCAACCACGGCCUGGGCGAGAUUGUCCAGGCCCUCUUGGACGAGGGCGGGCUUGCGGGUGACGGGGCUGACGGAGCACCAGAGCGUGCCGUGGGAUGCGCUCCCGGGACAGAUGGAGGAGAUUGGAGGAGGCGAGUACGCACUCAAGAGUGA